CGUGUGUGUGUGUGGCGAGGGCGCCACGUCGGCAGAACCACCAGGCUGAAAAGAGACCUGCGUAGCUCCGGCCGUAACUGUGCGCGAGGUUGAGAAGUUGGAAAGCAGCAGACCGCUGCGAUAAAGGCGUGAAAACCGAGCGGAAAAAGGGGCCGUGGGCAGCCAGAGCCGCGGGUUCUCUACCCAGAAAGACCUUCGUUACGGUUGCGUCGGUAAAGUUCGGCUCGGAGGCUGAAACACAAGCUGCCCCAGGCUCAAGUUUCUCGGCCAGGUGUGUUUGCGGGAGAGACACGGGGAACAAUGGUGAAGAAUGUGAACAGCGUUAACGUGGAGCCCCAGCCCGGGACCAGCGUGGCCUCGGAUGAAGCUGAAACCGCCUACAGCCAGUCUACAGAGGACUCUGGUAAGGACCAUGUGACGCCUGCCCCCGGCAUGAUGUGGCGGGUGACUGGUGGCCUCUUCAAUGUCACCAAGGGCGUUGUCGGCGCCGCAGUGGGCGGAGUGGCCUGGGUGGGCGGCAAGAGCCUGGAGAUCACCAAGUCGGCCGUGACCACAGUGCCCUCGAUGGGUGUGGGGCUGGUGAAGGGCGGGGUGUCUGCCGUGGCCGGUGGCGUGUCCACGGUGGGAUCGACGGUAGCCAAUAAAGUCCCGUUCACGGCCAAGAGGAAAGACAAGGCUGAGUGAAGAGGAGGAGGAGGAGUAGUAGGAGGAGGAGGAGGAGGAAGAUGAUGGUGAAGGUGAUGAUGAUAACAAAGAUGAUUGAUGAUGGUCUUGCCCCGCCUUGAGCCAACGGAGAGAGACUGCUUGCUGAUCUCUGUCUGCCAGACUCCACAGUGCCUUCUGAUGCCUUCCUCGGUCUUGAUCAUAAUAGUCUUGUCACCAUACCAAGAUCCAGACUUUCAUGCAAACACUACAUUCAGUACCUAAAAGUUCAGUAGUACUGCGCUACCAUGACAACCCAGAAUUACCAGCAAUAAAUGCUGAGUCACCGAAAUGCUUCAUACAAUCCUCCUCUGACCUGGAGUGGGGUUCGUAUAUCUGGAACUGAAUAUCUGGCUCCAGGCAGAUUACACGGACCGGGAUCCGCUUCAGCACGUGGUGAACUUAUUGAUGCUGUUGAAUAUUUUUAUCUGUUUACAAUCCAGACUAAGGCUCUAUCUUUUCUUCGCUCUUUCCAGUCUACACACAUUGGGUGAAAUGUUCUAUGAAUUAAGAUGCUGAUUUUUAGGUUUUGUUUGUUUUGUUUUGUUUGUUUUUUUUUGCAAUGGUUUUGAAGUAAUAUUGGAAUCUGUGUGACAAGAAUAGUGCGUUUUGUGAAAAAUGAAAUAUUUCAACGUUGGAAAGGAGGGAUCAGCAGCGUUCUUCAGUCUACAUCCUUCACUGUGUCUGACCUUUAUCGUUCGGAGGAGCCCGGGGCGGUGUUUUUACCCAGCAGCCUCGGAUCUGCACGUAGGAACACUUCUCUGAAAUGCAUGUCUGAAGACUAUAGACACAAUCACAAGUACAUCCUCACUGGGCUCAGGUCUUUUUCACAGCUAUGUUAUUGUUGAAAGGUUAAAAAUGUUGUGUUGGACCUUGACAAGUUGACUUUUUUUUUUUUUUUUUUUUAAGUUUUAAGAAGAAAACAUUCAGCAUCAUUUGAUUCAUUGAUGGUUGUGUGAGAGGAAAAGUGCCCAAUGUUGUCUGAAGUGGUCAGUCAGUGAAGGUUCAACCGUACCUUUUAAUCAGAAAGUGAACACUGUACUGUAGUGCAGGCAACAUUUGUGAACGUUUAUAUGCAAUAUCAGCAUUUCAAUGCAACAUUUGGAGUGAGUGGAAGCAGUUGCUGACGGGACUUAACUAUGUGAAUGUCUUGUACGUGGUUUUUUUUUUUCUUUUUUUCUUUUUUUGGUUUUGUUUUUUGUCGUUUUUUUUGUUUUUCAAUAUAUCAAUAAAGUAGUU